GAAAAAUUAUUUUUUUAUUGGUCGCUUAUAUAUGUACAAAAUUAUACAUUUAUGUCUUACAUAGGUUAAUAUUCAACUGGUAUAUUUAUAGGUUAUUACGACUUCUUAGAUUGGCAGUACUGUCGGAAACUAUUCUGAAGAUUUCUGCAUCAUCUUUAGAAAAGGAAAGGAGGUUGACGGCUGUUUAUGAUAAGUUUUUUUUAUAUUGAGAAGAAAUUCAUAUAUUGUGUUUGUGCAUGGAAAAACAAGUUCAUUUUGCGAUUAUCUAUCAGAAUAGAUUUGUAUUAUGCUAGGAAUAAUGUCUUAUAAAAAUUGAAUCAUUAUCAUUUUAGUAUUGACCGCACCCCGCUGACGUUUUUCGUUAAAUUGUACGGAUAUAUUGUAUUAUAUUAUAUUUAUUACUUAUAUCAACUUAUAUAUAGGUACAUAUAUAUACAUACAUAGUAUUAAAAAAAUGACAGUGGUGCAUAAUCUGGGUGUUGAUGUUAUAAGUUAUCAUGCUUGGAACAAAGACAGAACAGAAGUAGCAGUAUGUCCAAAUAAUAAUGAAAUUCAAAUUUACAAGCAUUCUUCUUCAGGAUGGAAAUUACUUGAUACAUUACAAGAACAUGAUAUGCAUAUUAUGGGUGUAGAUUGGGCGCCUCGUACUAAUCGCAUUGUUACCUGUUCAGCAGAUAAGAAUGCAUAUGUUUGGACACAAGGGAAAGAUGGGAAAUGGAAUCCUGCUUGGGUUUUAUUAAGAAUAAAUCGGGCAGCCACUUGUGUAAAAUGGUCUCCUUUAGAAAAUAAAUUUGCUGUUGGUUCUGGAGGCAGGGUAAUAGCAGUUUGUUACUUUGUAUCAGAAAAUAAUUGGUGGCUCUGUAAACACAUAAAGCGUCCUUUAAGAUCAACUGUAACAACAGUUGAUUGGCAUCCAGAUAAUAAAGUUUUGGUUGCUGGAUCAACGGAUUAUAAAGUUCGAGUAUUCAGUGCUUUCAUUAGUGAUAUGGAAGAUGCACCAGGAACGUGUGCUUGGGGAACAAGUAAUACAUUGGGCACAUUGCUUGCCGAAUUCCCUAAUACAAAUAAUGGAGGUGGUUGGAUACAUUCGGUUGCAUUUAGCCAAUGUGGCAAUAAAAUUUGCUGGGUAGCACAUAAUUCGUCUAUAUGCGUCGCAGACGCUACAAGGGGCAAUGUAGUUUAUAGGCUUUAUACCGAACAUUUACCAUUUUUAAGCUGCAUUUGGGUGGGUCCCAAUUCCAUUGUGGCCACGGGACACAGUUGUAUGCCCAUGUUAUAUUCUGUGGAUGACAAUGGACAAAUUUAUUUUGUAUCGAAAUUAGAUAAUAUGCAAAAAAAAGAAACUGCUGGAUUGUCUGCCAUGAGAAAAUUCCAGUCCUUAGAUCGUCAAGCACGAAAUGAUUCUAAUGACAAUGCAUUAGAUAGCAUUCAUCAAAACACGAUUAACUGUGUUCGUCAAGUAUCAGAUAAUGAAUUUAGUACAAGUAGCCUAGAUGGCCAGUUGGUUAUUUGGGAUUUGAAGUCUUUGGAAAAUUCCAUUGCUGGACUGAAGAUAGUUUAAGGAAUCCUUUUUUUUACAAAACCAAGGUUAAAGCUAUAUGAAAUUGAAGAGUGUAUAAUAUUGAAAUAAAUCGUACAUUAAUCCUGCUAA